GGGUGGGGCCUCGUGCCCGGGGGUGGGGCCUCGUGCCCGGGGGUGGGGCCUGCGGCUACUUAAAGGCCGGGCGGCCCGGCCGGCUCCCCAGCUACGCCUUGCGCCAUGGCUUUGAGGUCUCUCCUACCCGCGCUUCUACGCAAGGCCGCCCCUCGGCGCGCUCCGGCCUCGGUCUCCUCGGUGGCGGCCGCGGCUCGGUGCGAGCCGCCCGCCGAGCCCCGCGAGGGCCCCGGCUCCCAGCCCAGCUCCGGGACACCCCGGCGCGCACCUGUGCCCCCCGUGGACUUCGGCAACACGGAGGCGGCGUACCGCAGCCGCACCAACGGGGAGCUGCUCCGCAGCUGGCUCGUGCUGCGAAUGUGCGCCGUGGACCAGCUGGUGGAGAAACACGAAGAGCUGCUCGGGCUCUCCCAGAAGCUCCUGGGCCAGCGGCUGUUCAACCGGCUGAUGAAGAUGACCUUCUACGGGCAGUUUGUGGGCGGCGAGGACCAGGAGGCCAUCAAGCCUCUGAUCAAGCACAACCAGGCCUUUGGGGUGGGCUCCAUCCUGGACUACAGCGUGGAGGAGGAUCUCAGCCAAGAGGAGGCCGAGAAGAAGGAGAUGGACUCCUGCACGGCCGACGCCGAGAAAAAUGGCAGAGGCGCCUGCAGGCGGGAGAAGCAGUUCCAGGCCCACCGGGCCUUCGGGGACCGCCGCGACGGCGUCAUCAGCGCCCGGACCUACUUCUACGCCAACGAGGCCAAGUGUGACCAACACAUGGAGACCUUCCUCCGCUGCAUCGACGCUUCUGGUGAGGGGCCGGGCGGGGACGGGGCGGGGAGGCAAAGGCCGGGGCUGGCGUGGAACGGGCUGCCACCGGGCCGGGUCCGAGGGGGCCGGGCGGCCGGGGUGCGGACCUUGGGCGGGCCUUGGCUGGUCCCGGGGGCCCCGGGAGCGUCGGUUUCCCAGGAGUUCCUGGCUGCCAGCCCCUUACGGUUGGGUGGGGCCCUGCCCCUUUUCCUCCCAAAAUGUCCCAGAAAAGACCCGGAGCCGGGGUUGGGGCCCCCCGACCAGGGUUGGGCGGCCCCCGGGGGGGGGGAGGGGCGGGCAGGACCCGCCUGGACGGGAGGCGGGAGCCGGGGGUGGGGGGCGGGGCCGGUGCGCCGGAAGGGACCCCAGCCCCGCUGCCCCCUCCCCCCGCAGAGGGCCACGAAGGUGGGCGUGCGCCUGAUGGUGGACGCCGAGCGAGUACUCCAGGCCGGGGCCAUCAGCCGCCUCACCCUGGAGAUGCAGCGCAAGUUCAACACGCGCGAGCCCGUGAUCUUCAACACGUACCAGUGCUACCUGAAGGACGCCUACGACAACGUGUCCCUGGACGUGGAGCUGGCCCGCCGCGAAGGCUGGUGCUUCGGCGCCAAGCUGGUGCGCGGGGCGUACAUGGCGCAGGAGCGCGAGCGCGCCGCCGAAGUGGGCUACGAGGGACCCUUUGGGUCAACCCCGAGAGGACCAACGCCAAAUUACCCCAGGUGCCUCAACUACAUCUUGGAGGAGAUUAAGCACCAGGGCCGGGCCAGCCUGAUGGUUGCCUCCCACAACGAGGACACGGUCAGGUUCACCAUUCAAAAGUGA